CGCCCGCCUCCCUCCGCCGCGCGGUAGUCCGCUAUGCCCGCCUCCCUCUGCCGCUCUCAGCACGGUCACAGGCAGGACAUAGUUUGCGGUAGCCAUCACCUGCGCAUCCAGCAGCACGUCAACCCCCUCAGCUUCUCUUCUCGAGCCCUUCUCUCCCUUCCAAAUCUCAUUGCCCUGGCCAUCCUCUGCUCCCUCCGGGCCCAAAUCUUGCCCGCGCUGCGUCGCCCACACCUGGCCACUACGCACUUGUGCCCGCCCGGGCAACCUGGUGUCGAGACUGAGGAACACAACAGUUGCAGCUUCAAGACGAAGGAAUACAUCUGCUGCAGCCAUAGCCUCUGCCGGUGGAGCGAGCAACUAGGAGCAAUCCAGCGUCUGCACCACUCCGAUUUGUGCCCUUUGUUGCAUAUCCAUCAUUCUCCCUCGGUGAAAGUAUUGUGUAGCUGGCUCACUAAACCCAACGAGUUGUAGAUUGCUGCAUCGAAGUCGUCGUCUUCUCACUGCUUGUACGCAACAGAUUCAAGUACUGCAGCUAGGAAGAGUCUAGAUGGAAAACAUGUGUAAAGGUUCCUAAGAAGGUUCUUCGGUAUUUUCCAAUAAAGAGGACGUGUUCGUGUUUUGGGUCUGGGACCAACUCCCCAAGAGGUUGCUACCCCGGGGCUCAAAGCGCUCAUGUCAACAAGGAUGCAAAUGGAAAUUUGGGCUCGACAACAAGCUGAAAAUAAGAACAGAACUCUCGAGCAACGCAUUGCAGAAUUGGGAUUGGAAAGGAAGGCACAAGGAAGGACAAAUGCUGAAGGGACAAAUGUUGAAGUCCUGUCACAACAUGGCUCUAAUUCACGACAGUGUGUGAGUUCGACACCUGAAGGACCUAUCGAUGAGGCACAUAAUGUUCCUCGGCAUGAAGAAUAUGAUAAUUAUGUAGAGGAUCAAGACUAUAAUCAUUAGUAUGACGAGGAAGAUGCGAACGUGCUCCCCCAUAGGCAUGUUGCAGCUCGAUCAGCUAUGAACAUUACAACAACAACAAAUGUUGAAAUGCAAGAGAGUUUGCCCCCCUCUAGGCCUAUUGUAGCCCAAUCAGCUAGGAAUAUCACUACUGCACCAAGUGAUAUCCAACAACCUUACUUUGCAAAUGAUACACAUGCUGCAAUUGAACAGAGCAUGCUGCCCCCUAGGCUUACUACAGCCCGAUCAUCUAUUAACAUGAGUAUUGCACAAACAAAUGAUAUCCUUCCUCGUUUUGCAAAUGAUACACAUGCUGGAACUGAUGAGAGCUUGCUCCCCUAUAGACCAGAUGCAACCCAUUCACCAAUAAAAAAGACAACUACGGCAACAAAGCAUGCCCCUCCUCGCUUUUCUCAUAGUGACUUUGUUGGAAAGGAUGUCAUAUUAUUUACUAUAUUGAGAUCUGAAUUACCUGUGGCUAGGGGAACAGUCAUUUCAAUUAACCCAAACACCAUGGAUGCUACGUUGCCUCGGAGUUAUGGGGACAUGAAGACUAUGGCUAGUGCUCUCAAGAUGAGCAUUGCAUGGCCAUACAAUAAAAUAAAGGAAUGCAGGAAAAAGGAGUGCAAGAGGGCAUCCAGUACACCUCUCAAGAACAUUGCAGGAUGUGUUGGGCAGUCUUUGGCUUGAGUUUCUAGAAAAUGGUUCUCCACAUACACUAUGGAUGUGCUUUUGGUUUUUAGUUCCUAAAAAUGAUCGUGUGCACAAAACUUAGUAUAUCAAGCCUAACUAUUAUAUUGCUCGCUGGGUGUGCAUUCAUGUAAGCUUUUGGUGGGUGACAAUAUUGUAUGAUCGAUGUAAUGUGUGACUUUGUUGGAUGAUCUUAUGGUGGUGUUUAGUUGCCAAAAUUUUUUGGCAAAAAUAUCACAUCAAACGUUUGACCGAAUGUCGGAAGGGGU